AUGGCAGCAAGGUCAAACCCGCCCGGCCGGGCCCAAAGGGGCCCGCAAAUACCCCACUACCACGUUGCAGCAGGCCGGCUGGAGCGCCGCCGCCACCCAACCACCGCCGUCGCACCUACUCCACCUCCAGGGAGCACCACCGGCGCACCAUGCGCAGCCCGCCCGCCCAGCCCCUCCGGGCCCCGAACUGGGCCGAGCAGGCCCUGCCAUGGCCGUCCACCUGCGCAGCUCCGUCGCCAAUGGCCACGCCGCCGCUCCCUCCACACCACCUCGACGCACGGGUUCCACCCCGCUGCGCCAAACCGCUGGCCGCCGAAGUUCACCGCCGCCCGCCAAGGUCACCACACCCCCGCCGCCGCCACGGGUAAGGUCGACCCCGCCGCCGCGGCACCGCCUGAGCAAGGCCCGGCGGCGGCAAGGGGGGAGCGCGAGGGAGGGAAGCGCCGGCCGGGAGAGAGCGCGGCCCGGCCGCCGUGA